AUGUCUCGUCCAUUCCCCUACACAUACGUCUCGUGCCCUUGUGCCGAUACGCCCGUCCCUGACCCCGCAAGGAAACGCAAGUCGAGAGAGGGAUCACAGAAGCAAACGCCCGAGCAAGGAGAACAGACCGCCGGAGGAGACUCGAAAGAUUCUACAAAUAAUGAACAUAAAGAAGAUUCCGACGAGGAGGAGGAAGAAGAAGAAGAGGAAGAGCAGACGUUCGAUCCCAGAUCUCCGCGAUCUAAUUUCUCUAUGUACCCGCCAGAACAAUUACUCUACUGCGAAGAUUGUCACCAAAUAAAAUGCCCACGAUGCAUAACGGAAGAGAUUGUGAGCUGGUUCUGCCCGAGCUGUCUCUUCGAAACCCCUAGCAGCAUGGUCAAAAGCGAUGGCAAUCGCUGUGGCCGUAACUGCUUCAAUUGCCCAAUUUGCACAGCUCCUCUUGCUGUGAGUACGAUUGAAAGUGUCACCGGUGGUGGGAGUCAACAAGGUCCCUGGGUCUUGUCUUGCAGCUAUUGCAUGUGGACAACACUUGACAUCGGCAUCAAGUUCGAUAAGCCAACCAAUAUUCGCAGCCAGUUACAAAAAAUGACAGAUACCACCGCUGCGCCGCCCUUUGAUACACGGACCAGGCAGGGCUCCCGAGCAUUUGCAGAUCUCAAAUCGCCUUUGUCCAAUUUGGCUUCUGUCGACGAGCAAGCAGGUAAUCGCGAAGCCCCCUCAGACCAACAUAUUACCAAACAGGACCAAACGGCAACGCCAUCCAACGCAGAGGCCCAAUUUGCUGCCCUGAAAUCAUUCUACCGCAACCAAAUUUCCGAAACAUCAACUUCACCCAGCGACCCUCUAGGUUCAGACUUCGGCUUCUCAUCCCCUGGAGCUCUCAAUCGUCUCAUGUCACUUUACACCUCUUCGACACGCCUGGGCAGUCUCUACGGCGGAAACAAAAAAGCCAAAUCAAAACCCCCUGUUAUGCGCGAAGCCCUCACCCCCAGCGAAGGCCUCCGCAUCAGCGCCACUCCCAACCCAGACCCAGUCAUUUCCCGCCUUCGCUCCGCUGAAGGCGGCUGGGACGGCGUAGCCUCCAUCGCACAGCGCGCAGAACAAUCACCGGACGUGCGAUUUACAGACGACUUGCUCCCACUCCCAGUCCUCCUCCGCACAAAGCGAGCCAAGCGCUGCAAAGCCUGCAAGCACAUCCUCCUAUAUCCCGCUGCCGUCACUACGGCCCCUGGCUCUCCCUCGUCAACAUCCGCUGCGUCUGCUCCGUCGCCGAAUCCCGACCUGAACGCGCUCACCCCGCUUCGCCCUAUCCAUGUGCUUCUCACGCUAAAGAACCACAUGUUUGAUCCUGUCCGGGUCACCCUCGCCACGCCAUCCGUGACGCCAGGCCGUGUUGCAUCGAAGGUUACUGUGCUUUCGCCGCAAUUUGACAUCGGUGCGAAUAGUGAUGUCUGGGAUGAGGCGCUGCAGGGGGCAUCUGCGCCUCUCACGACAGAUCCGAAGCUCAGGGCUGCAGAGAAGGUUCCCGAGGCUGGGAAGGUCUGGGAUAAGGGUCGUAAUUGGACGACUGUUGUACUUGAGGUUGUUCCGGGGACGCUUCCUAGCUCCGAUGCUGAUGCUGGCGGAGGAGAUGGGGAGGUGCGUAGCGGUGCUGGCUCUGCUCCUGCGCAGCCUGAUGAGGAUGUGUUGGAGAUUCCGGUCUUCGUGCACAUGGAGUGGGAUGCGGAAGGCCAGCUUGAGCAGCAGGACGUCGGGAAGGCUUCUAAGCCCGAUGAUCUGGUGGCGAGGGAGUUGGCUUAUUGGAUGGUUCUUGGGGUUGGUCGAAUUCAGCCUUCAUUCUAG